UCCCCACAGAAUCUGAUUCCAUGCUGCAGAAGAAAGUAGCAGGCCCAAGUUCACACGUCCUAGUGAUGCACCAUGCCAAUAGUCGAUAAGUUGAAGGAGGCCCUGAAGCCUGGCCGCAAGGACUCUGCUGAUGAUGGGGAGCUGGGGAAGCUUCUGGCCUCCUCUGCCAAGAAAGUCCUUUUACAGAAGAUUGAGUUUGAGCCAGCCAGCAAGAGUUUCUCCUACCAGCUGGAGUCCUUAAAGAGCAAAUAUGUGUUGCUGAACCCCAGAACGGAGGGAUCCACUCGCCACAGGAGUGGAGAUGAACUGCCGGCCAGGAGACAGGGCAGUGAACAUGCAUAUGAGAGCUGUGGUGACGGAGUCCCCGCCCCGCAGAAAGUGCUUUUCCCCACCGAGCGACUGUCUUUGAGAUGGGAGCGUGUCUUCCGCGUUGGUGCUGGACUCCACAACCUUGGCAAUACCUGCUUCCUGAACGCGACCAUCCAGUGCUUGACCUACACGCCGCCACUGGCCAACUACCUGCUCUCCAAGGAGCAUGCUCGCAACUGCCACCAGGGAAGCUUCUGCAUGCUGUGUGUCAUGCAGAACCACAUCAUCCAGGCCUUCGCCAACAGCGGCAACGCCAUCAAGCCUGUCUCCUUCAUCAGAGACCUGAAGAAGAUUGCCCGGCACUUCCGCUUUGGGAACCAAGAGGAUGCACACGAGUUCCUCCGGUACACCAUCGAUGCCAUGCAGAAGGCCUGCUUGAAUGGCUAUGCCAAGUUGGAUCGUCAAACACAGGCCACUACCUUGGUCCAUCAAAUUUUUGGAGGGUACCUCAGAUCCCGUGUGAAGUGCUCCGUGUGCAAAAGCGUCUCAGACACCUAUGACCCCUACUUGGACAUCGCCCUGGAGAUUCGGCAAGCUGCAAAUAUUGUGCGUGCUCUGGAAGUUUUUGUGAAGCCAGAUGUCCUGAGUGGAGAGAAUGCCUAUAUGUGCGCCAAAUGCAAGAAGAAGGUUCCAGCCAGCAAGCGCUUCACUAUCCAUAGAACAUCCAAUGUCUUAACCCUCUCCCUCAAGCGCUUUGCCAACUUCAGUGGGGGGAAGAUCACUAAGGAUGUAGGCUAUCCGGAAUUCCUGAAUAUCCGUCCGUAUAUGUCCCAGAGUAACGGCGAGCCUGUCAUGUAUGGGCUCUAUGCUGUGCUGGUCCACUCAGGCUAUAGCUGCCACGCUGGGCACUAUUACUGCUACGUGAAGGCAAGCAAUGGACAGUGGUACCAGAUGAACGAUUCGUUGGUCCAUUCCAGCAACGUCAAGGUGGUUCUGAACCAGCAGGCCUAUGUGCUGUUCUAUCUUCGAAUUCCAAGCUCUAAGAAAAGUCCUGAGGGCCCCAUCUCCAGAGCAGGCUCCUCCGUUCCCAGCCGCCCCAGUGUGGUUCCAGAUCACACCAAGAAGAAUGUUGGCAAUGGCAUUGUUUCCUCCCCACUGGCCGGAAAGCGACAAGACUCUGUGACAAUGAAAAAACCACAUGCCACUGAAGAGAUUGGUGUGCCCGUUUCCAGGAAUGGCUCUGUACCGGGCCUUAAGUCUCAGAACGGAUAUAUUCCUCCAAAGCCACCCUUGGGGUCCCCUUCCUCUAAACUCUCCCAGACACCCAUACACAUGCCAACCAUCCUAGAUGAGCCCGGAAAGAAGGGGAAGAAAUCAACUUCCCUACAGCACUUUUCCCCAUCACUCAAAACUUCUCAGGGCUUACCUGGUACCAGCAACUCGAGUAGCAGCAAAGCUGGGAGCCAAAGGCAGGGCUCCUGGGACGGCAGGGACGGCGUCCUCUCUACCUCACCGAAGCUCCUGGCUGAAGCCACUGCCAACGGGCAUGGGCCGAAGGGGAGUGGCGAGAGCUCUGACCUUGAGAGGAGGGAUUCCAGCAGCUCCAGCCCAGAGCACUCUGCCAGCAGUGACUCCGCCAAAGCUCCGCAGACCCCCAAGGGUGGAGCUGCCCACUUUUGUGAUUCUCAGGAAACAAACUGUCCCACCGCCGGCCACUCCAAAGCACCUCCCAGCGGAGCAGAUCCUAAGAUGGUGAAGCUGAAGUCCCCCAUCCUGAGCAACACAGCCACUGAGCCUGCAAGCACCAUGUCUCCUCCACCAGCCAAAAAACUGGCCCUUUCUGCCAAGAAGGCCAGCACCCUGCGGAGGGCGACCGGCAAUGACCUCCGUCCACCUCCCCCCUCACCAUUCUCCGACCUCACCCACCCCAUGAAAACCUCUCACCCCGUCGUUGCCUCCACUUGGCCUGUCUGUAAAACCAGGGCUGCGUCACCUGCUCCCCGACCAUCCAGCCGUCCACAGCCUUCCUUCAGACCCCAUUCCACAUCGCUGUCCUGUAGUCCCCAGCCCCCAGGAAUGCCAGAACCACAGAGCUGCUACUCGGCCUUGACGGCCCUGCCUCAGGUCCACAGGGACUUCGUUUCCCUUCUACACCAGCUGCCAGAGGCCAACAAGGCCCCCCUGAACCCCUCUGAGAAGAGUAAAAAGACCCUUGUGCGAGAGCUCCAGAGGCCAAGCUCAGAGACCUGCCUCCCACAGCACAUUGAGGGGACCCCUGCAGCUCCCCAUGGGAAGAGGAAAAGGAAGAAGAGGAAGCGCCUGGAGGACACAGCCGCCCUGCUGGAGGGGCAGACACAAAGGUGGCCUUGGAGCCCUGAGGGCAGGAGGAAGGGCCAGGCAGAGCUGCCUGCUGACAGACUGGAGGAAGAGGGCGUCUGGCUACAGGGGAAUGGCCAGCAGGCAGGACGUGUCAUGGAUGGCCACCAUGUGAACAGCAGGAAGAGGAGAAGGAAGGGAGCAGCGGGCCUUGACAAGGAAGCUGGCCUGCACCAGUACCCACCUUGGCACAGCUGCUCUCCCACGGACUGUGGCGAGUCCGAGACUAUGGCAGGAUCUCCAAGGAAAAAGAAAAAGAAGAAGAGAAAGCAAGAGUCACAGCAGGAAGUAGAAGAGAAUCAGCUCCCAGAAAACCAGAGGAAUGCCAGACCCUGUGACACUGCUGUCCCUGAGUCUAGUGGCCACUCACCACCCGUGAACGGCCGGCAUCCUGGGGACUGCGUGGGGCUGGGGCAGGCUCCUCUUAUAUCCAGGAACAGAGAGCAAGAAUCUGAUGUGGUCCAGGAACUGCUCAAACAUUCAUCUGAUAGAGCUUAUGGGAAAAAAGUCUUGACCUGGGAUGGAAAGAUGUCGGCGGUUAGUCAGGAUGCUAUUGAAGACAGCAGGCUGUCCCGGACCGAGACCGUGGUUGAUGACUGGGAUGAAGAGUUUGAUCGGGGGAAGGAAAAGAAAAUUAAAAAAUUCAAGAGAGAGAAGAAGAGAAACUUCAACGCCUUCCAGAAACUUCAGAGUAGACGGAACUUCUGGUCUGUGACUCAUCCAGCUAAGGCUGCCAGCCUCAGCUAUCGUCGCUGAAUUUGCUGCUAUUGAAAUAGGGUCAAUGUGCUUUGUUCCACAGCCUCCUGGAGACAAGGUGUCACUUCCUGGGAACAGUCUGUCUGGAUCUGAGGGAACCGUCUGUGUGGGCUCUGCUGCCCUGUCACCUCCAGGCCGCUGCACUGUGAACUGAACCUGCCAUCGUCAGGACCUCUCCCAGCAACACUGUUUGCAGAUGACCCACAUAGAGGCUGAGGCUUCUAUAGGUCAGGACCUCUUAAGUGACAUUCACAGCAAGCCCUACAAGAGAAACUAGCGUGUGUGUGGAGCAGAGAUGGCCCCAUGUCUGCUAGACAUGUGGAAUGGGCCCAGCAUCCUCACGUUUGUGGACUGUAGAGUUUAUGCUGGCAAAGGUGUCUGCUCCCAGAACGGGGCUGUCGGAGAGAAUGGGGGACAUGGCCACACGCCCCACUGGCAUCCUCUCAGCUCAGCAUGGCAGGCAUGCGUGAUGGUUGUUCUCCUUUUGGGAGCCAUCCCUUGCUCCUUGUGGCUGGCACUGCUGCCUUGUCCCGAGCUCUGCCUUGUCCUGAGCUGUGUCCUCGGUGGGGCCUCUGUGUCUGUAAGUCUUACCUAUCUGCCCUCAGAAGGGAAGAGUCCCAGGCUGGCCCCACCUGAUUGCCUCUCCCUUUUUUGGAUCUGGAGGUGGCCCUUAGUGUAUCCUUCCCUUGUGGAUCAUUCUAGACUGUCUCUGGAAAGCAGAGGCUGUUUGGGGUCGGGGGAGCCCUUGACAUUACGUGCUGAUACAUCUGCUUUUAGGGCUGCUAUUUAUUCUGAGGUGACUUUGCUGUAGCUUCCCUUGCAGCUGCAAUAACCCACAGGUCUUUACUGAGGUGGUGGUCUUGGAUAGAAUUCUCUGUUUAUUUUACUACUCAAUAUAAAACAUUUAUUUUUGACCAGGCCUGUGGCUUCCAUUAGCAAUAUGUUUCCUUUCCUUAAUAUGCAAAUACUGGCUUUGUGUGCUCAAUUGUGUGAGUGCUUUUGAAUUUAGAUGAUUGUAUAACUCAUGAAGAUUACUUUUUUAUCUUGCUCAAGCUGUGCCUGCUUGCAACACAACUUGCAAUUUAAUAAAUAUGGGGAAUCCUCAGUGAAAGUGA